GCUCGCGUUAACGUUCAAACCUCUCUAACUUCAUUGCAUUGAAAUCCUCACCCGCAAUAAUCAAUUUCGAACUGCUACUUCUUUUCAUGACCUUUCCGGAAAUUUUCGUUGCAGGCCGGCCAUUUUCAUAGCCACAGAAGUAGUUGUAGCUGUAGCAAGUAAGCAAAUCCCGUGUUGAGACCGAAACAGGGGAUCAUAACCAUACCGGAAGUGGAGAGAACCAUGGAAACGAAGGGAAGAACGGUGAUGGAAGUGGGAGCUGAUGGUGUUGCAGUGAUCACCAUCAUUAAUCCUCCCGUCAAUUCUCUCUCAUUUGAUGUUUUAUACAGUUUGAAAGAUAAUUAUGAUCAAGCCACCCGAAGAGAUGAUGUGAAGGCAAUAGUUGUUACUGGAGCUAAGGGGAAAUUUUCUGGUGGCUUCGAUAUUUCAGCUUUCCGUGCCUUCCAAGGAGGAAAGGAACGGCCAAAGCCUGGCGUUGUUUCAGUAGAAAUUAUCACUGACACCCUGGAAGCUGCAAGAAAACCAUCUGUUGCUGCCAUUGAUGGCCUUGCCUUAGGUGGGGGAUUAGAAGUUGCAAUGGCAUGCCAUGCACGGAUCUCAACUCCUGGUGCACAAUUAGGAUUACCUGAACUUCAACUUGGAGUUAUUCCUGGCUUUGGAGGAACACAGCGACUUCCACGUCUUGUUGGUCUCUCAAAAGCCCUUGAAAUGAUGCUGACAUCAAAGCCAAUCAAAGCUGAGGAAGCUCAUGCCUUGGGUCUGGUUGAUGCCGUGGUUGCACCGGGUGAAUUGGUAAAUACUGCACGUCGUUGGGCGCUGGAUAUUUUGGAGCUUAGGAGACCAUGGAUUGCUAGUCUUUACAAGACCGACAAGUUGGAGCCCCUUGGGGAAGCAAGGGAAAUACUGAAGUUUGCAAGGGAUCAGACUCGUAAGCGAGCUCCCAAUCUCAGACAUCCCCUUGCUUGCAUUGAUGCAAUUGAAGAGGGUAUAGUUUCUGGUCCCAGGGCUGGCCUAUGGAAGGAGGCUGAAGCUUUCCAAGAAGUUAUAGCUUCUGACACCUGUAAAAGCUUGGUCCAUAUCUUCUUCGCUCAACGUGGAACUUCAAAGGUUCCUGGGAUUACUGAUCUUGGUUUGGUGCCAAGACGAGUAAGUAAGGUUGCAAUACUUGGUGGAGGAUUAAUGGGCUCUGGGAUAGCCACAGCAUUGAUCCUUAGUAAUUACCAAGUGAUCCUUAAGGAAGUAAAUGAGAAGUUCUUGCAGGCUGGAAUUGAUAGAGUCAAAGCCAAUUUGCAAAGCCGUGUCAAGAAAGGAAAAAUGAGUUUAGAAAAGUUUGAAAAAACUCUCUCUUCUCUCAAGGGUGUUCUUGACUAUGAAAGUUUUAAAGAUGUGGACAUGGUUAUAGAGGCUGUUAUUGAAAAUGUUUCUUUGAAGCAGCAAAUUUUUGCUGAUCUUGAGAGAUAUUGUCCUCCACAUUGCAUUCUUGCAAGUAACACUUCCACAAUUGACUUGAACCUGAUUGGUGAAAGGACAAAAUCCCAGGAUCGGAUUGUUGGGGCACACUUUUUUAGUCCGGCUCAUGUGAUGCCAUUAUUGGAAAUUGUUCGUACCAAACAGACAUCUCCACAAGUAAUUGUUGACUUGCUAGAUGUUGGGAAGAAGAUAAGGAAAACCCCAAUUGUGGUAGGCAACUGCACAGGGUUUGCUGUGAACAGAAUGUUCUUUCCUUACACACAAUCUGCUAUUUUCCUUGUUGAACGUGGAACAGAUCUUUAUCAGAUUGAUAGGGCAAUUACCAAGUUUGGAAUGCCUAUGGGUCCAUUCAGAUUGGCUGAUCUGGUUGGUUUUGGUGUGGCAAUUGCAACUGGCAAGCAGUUUAUUGAAAAUUUUCCUGAGAGAACAUACAAGUCAAUGCUUAUACCAAUUAUGCAAGAGGAUAAGAGAGCAGGUGAAGCCACUCGUAAAGGGUUUUAUUUGUAUGACGACAAACGCAAAGCUAGGCCAGAUCCUGAACUAAAGAAAUACAUCGAGAAGGCAAGGAGCUUCUCUGGUGUUAAUGUGGAUCCUAAGUUUGUGAAGUUAUCUGAAAAAGACAUUGUGGAGAUGAUAUUCUUCCCUGUGAUAAAUGAGGCCUGUAGAGUAUUCGCUGAAGGUAUUGCAGUCAAAGCAGCAGACCUUGACAUUGCUGCUGUUAUGGGCAUGGGAUUUCCACCAUAUAGGGGAGGAAUCAUGUUUUGGGCUGAUACUCUUGGUUCCAAAUAUGUAUAUUCACGGUUGGAGCAAUGGUCCAAGACACAUGGAGAAUUUUACAAGCCUUGUGCUUUCCUGGCUGAAAGAGCAGCUAAGGGAGCCCCUCUGAGUUUACCGGUAGACCAAGCAAAAUCUCGGUUAUAAGGGGAACGCGCCAGCUUCAUUGUAGGAGGAACUAAAAUAAAAGGGGGUUCCAAGAUGUAAGAAUCUAAAUGCACAAGGCAAGAAAAAGGGGCAGAGUAACAUAUGAACACUGCAACAAUAAUAUAUAAACAUCUGAUUAUUUAUACAGAGUAGUUCUUGGUUGUUAAAGCUUUUAUAUGUAAUCUUCUUAGCAGUCUUAUCUGGAUGGAUUCUUUGGUGAUUUCCAUCCUGUCUUUCAAUAAAUUGUCUGCUCUUUGAAAUUUAGUUUAAAUUUUCUUUUUGAGUUCA